GCCGAACGUUUGAAUCUUUACUUGGACCGACAGGAUGGAGAGGGCGGAAUCCUCGAGCAAAUUGACGAAGAACCACAAAUCGCAUUUGAACCAAAAACAAGACGAGAGAAGAUCAAACAGAAUAUACGGAUUGUUUUACCUCACGUUGGUCUUGUCAUUCUUUCGGCGGCAUACACGGUAUUGGGUGCUGCGAUAUUUCAUCAUUUCGAGAUGCCAUACGAGAUUCACAUACGUAACGAGACAGCACAUCGAAUCGACGCAUUAAAACAGCGAAUAAUCGACCGACUAUGGGACUUAGCACAAAUGCAGAAAAACGACUCUGCUGCCUUAGCGAUAUCGUUCAGUAAUUGGUCGGCUAUUGCCCACAGAGGAAUGGAUGAUGUAAUUCGUGAUGUGUUUAUCGAUUAUACAAAAAACUACAUGACACCUGAUGAUAUAAUUUAUGGUGCUGGCCCAAUCAAAUGGUCUAUUGGCUCAAGUAUUUUCUUCUCAUGGACUGCAAUCACCACGAUUGGGUACGGUCAUAUAGUGCCAAGGACCGACGAAGGUCGUAUCGCGUGUUUAAUGUAUGCUUUAUUAGGUAUUCCAUUGAUUCUGGUUACGAUCGCCGAUAUGGGACGAUUUUUAUCAGGUGGAAUAAUUUGGGUUCACAAUACGUUGAGGAAAUUUCGAAUAGCAUGUCUUAGGAAAUGUUACAAUAUGUGCGCAACAAUUUGCUGCUGUAGUUGCCUUCUACUGAAAAAAAAGCAACCUCCAAAGUCGGUAUCUGGAAAUGACCUCGCCAAUGCACAGAGGAGGCUUUUGAGGCGAAAAAGACCAGCUCACAUCGACAAUAUUUCUGAAGCCGGUACCUUCGAAGACAUAUCCGAAAUUCACACGCAAGGUAGUGAGAAAACACCCUCAGAAGAUACUCGUGCCAGAGCGGACGACCUCGAAGAAUAUGAAGCGAUCCAACAUGAACGUAGGGUAUCAGCACUCUUCGUUCUCGUCAUUAUGAUUGGAUAUACGGCUGGAGGUGCAUUUUUAAUGCAAUUGUGGGAGAACUGGACAUUCAUGGAGGCUUUUUAUUUCUGUUUUGUUACUGUCACAACAAUAGGUUUUGGAGAUAUAGUACCUCAAAAUGUUGAUUUCUUACCAGCGACACUCGCCUAUAUAAUCGUUGGCCUUAUAAUCACAACAAUGUGCAUUGAUUUGGUUGGAAGUGCAUAUAUCCGUGAUAUUCAUUUCUAUGGUCGGAGUUUGGGACGAAGCUUCAUGACAAUCGGUGGCAAAGUAGUGCAUCUGGGAGAGGUCUUUGGCUAUGUUGCAUUUUUGCAAAAAAAUUAUGGUCUUACGCCCGAGCAAUUGGAUAAAUUGGCACAACUGCCUGAAGAAUAUUUACUGGAUUGCCUCAUCAAUGGGCGGCAGCCUGAUAUCAAUUGGAUUGGUAUGCUUGAAGCAUCUCAAUUCUAUGUAGACCUCUGGAUCGAACAUCCACGCACUCUAUCGUUCGCAUCCGAACGUGUAUUGGCGAGUAUGGAGUCACUAGACCUAAACACUAGCAAAUGUAGUACGGCGAGGACGUUGACACCACGUGAAUAUUACCAGAGGAUACUACUGCAGUACUGCAAACAAGUGCAGCCGGAUAAUGCGACCCUUAAUGUGGAUCAAACUGAAAUGUGA